UGGGUGACGCAACACGGAUAGAGGAUGUCCAGUCCGUCCAUCCCUGGCCCGUCUCGUUUGCUGUGUAAUACUGUUCGCCUGCUGGAGCAGUUCUUUGAGUUCAACWCGAUUCAGAACAAUGUCACCAUGAACACUCUCUCUCAGACUAAGGAGCUCUUCAGGAGAGCGGAAGCCGUGUGCUUCGACGUGGACAGCACAGUCAUCAAGGAGGAAGGCAUUGACGAGCUCGCCAAGUUCUGCGGCGUGGGAGACGCCGUCAGAGAGAUGACCCGCAAGGCCAUGGGCGGCUCGAUGACGUUCAAGAAGGCCCUCACCGAGCGUCUCUCCAUCAUCCGGUGCUCCAGAGAACAAGUCAACAAACUCAUCACUGACCACCCGCCUCAGCUGACUCCAGGCAUCAAGGAGCUUGUGGAGCACCUGCAUGAACACAACAUACGGGUAUUCCUCAUUUCAGGGGGGUUUCGUUGUAUCGUCGAACACGUGGCCACUCAGCUGAAUAUUCCUUUGCAUCACGUCUACGCCAACCGGCUCAAGUUCUACUUCAACGGGGAGUAUGCUGGUUUCGAUGAAACGCAGCCUACAGCUGAGAGCGGCGGCAAAGGAAAGGUAAUCAGCAUGUUGAAGGAGCAAUACGGCUUCAAGACGGUGGUGAUGAUCGGAGACGGAGCCACGGACCUGGAGGCCUGUCCUCCGGCUAGCGCUUUCAUUGGGUUUGGCGGGAACGUCAUCAGGACUCAGGUGAAAGAGAGGUCCUCGUGGUACGUGACGAGCUUCGAGGAGCUAAUUAAGGAACUGGAGAAGAUUUAAAAAUCACUGGGGUGGGGGGGGGGAGUUCUGUUACUAACUUAACAUUUUAUAUUUGCACCCAAAGGCGUGCCGCUGGUGGUUUUGUUACCCAUCGCCCGCUUUUCUUUAGAGUUGAAUAGAUUUUUAUAAAAGAAACUGUUUACACUAGUCAAACAUCAUGGGGUGUUGCCCUGUUGAUUUUUAUAACACACUUAAAAUAACAAAAAAAUGUCUACAUGGAAAUUACGAUUUUAGUGUUUCUUUUGCACUUUUUACAYCCAAACCUCAUGCUAACCUGAAGGUAUUGUUAAGGCAUGUGCAAUGAGCGAUAGUUAUUUUAGAAAUGUGUUCUGUACUAAGAGCUGUGCAGCGACUUCAGUCAUUAAAGAUGACAACRUGCUACAAAGGAUGUCUGAGGAACUUUAUUAUCUUUCUUUACCGUCUUUGAACAUUUUUUCCUGUUCAACAAAAUAAAAAAGAUAAAUGAC